GGCCGCUAGGUUGCUGCGCAGUUCUCCGGAGAGGAGCGAACGAAGGAGAGAGAGACGGGAAGGCGCAGCCGGGAGAGACUUGUGGAAAUAGCAGCCGCGGCAGCCGCUCCAGGCUCGGCCCCCUCCCGCCUCAGCCACCGAGAGCGAGAGAGCCACAGCCUGGCCGGGGCCGCCGCGACGAACCGCCGUAGUCUGUUACUGAAAUCAUGAAUCCUGUCUAUAGUCCUGGAUCUUCUGGGGUUCCCUAUGCAAAUGCCAAAGGAAUUGGUUAUCCUGCUGGAUUCCCAAUGGGCUAUGCAGCUGCUGCUCCUGCCUAUUCUCCUAACAUGUACCCUGCAGCAAAUCCAACAUUCCAAACAGGUUACACGCCGGGCACACCAUAUAAAGUCUCCUGUUCACCCACAAGUGGUGCAGUACCUCCCUAUUCUUCAUCGCCCAACCCCUACCAAACUGCAGUGUAUCCGGUUCGAAGUGCCUAUCCACAGCAGAAUCCAUAUGCACAGCAAGGCACUUAUUAUACACAGCCUUUAUAUGCAGCACCACCCCACGUAAUUCAUCACACUACAGUUGUGCAGCCCAAUGGAAUGCCAGCAACUAUGUAUCCAGCGCCAAUUCCACCUCCUAGAGGAAAUGGUGUUACUAUGGGAAUGGUGGCUGGGACCACAAUGGCAAUGUCAGCAGGUACCUUGUUGACAACACAUUCCCCAACUCCUGUAGCCCCACACCCAGUUACGAUGCCCACUUAUCGGGCCCCAGGAACUCCAACCUAUAGCUAUGUGCCCCCACAGUGGUGAUUACCAGGCAGUGUUUGAAGAUGGGAGAUAUGCAAUCAAGUAACUGAGGUUUAAAAGUUGGUGCUGAAGCCCUCAUGCCUCCAACCAGGACUUAUUUCUUCUGAAUGCUUGCAACCCUUUGCUAAACACUAAUUCCAGAUCACUGAAGAUUUCCCAGUGCUGCAUAUCUUACAUCUUGGAACUCCAGCAGUUAGUCUUAAAGCAAAUCCUGUUUUGUGGACUGUCUUGCAAUUUUUUAGCUAAUUAUAAUGAUUAAAGGGAGUAUAAAUUUAUUGAUCAUAUCUAGUUGAAUGCAUGUUUAAGAAACACACAAAGCUUGCUCAAUCUACCUGCUGUGACUGAUGCAAAAACUGUCAUAUGCAAAAUCCAAAGGAGCCGAAAAGUAUUUUACAAUUUGUUUUACUAAUGCACUGUUGUUAUGUAUGCAGGGUCUUAAAAGGUAGAAUUGUGAAAGUGAUUCUUUUUUCAUAGAAAAACCAUACUAUACAUUAGGAAGUGCUUUAACCUUUUAAGGUUAAUGGAGGCACCAGUUGACAGGGGCACCAUAAAGUGAUAUUUUCCUUUCCUAGUUCAGUGACUGGAAAAGGAGUUUGUAGAAAUCUUACAGAGGAUCUGUUUACCAUGCAUACCUAUUCCAUUUCCAUUUUUUGAUUCAGUGUUACAUGGACAUUCUUAAGGAUAAAUUAUAUAAGACAUGUUGUCAUCAGUGAACAAAAGCAGCUAUUCUUGCUGUGUGGAUCAUCAAGGCAUACUUAUUCGAUUAGAUUAUUAGGUGGAAAAUCUACAUAAUGGUUUACCACCUAGAAAAAUCAUUGUUUCAAAUGAUUAAUGAUGUGUCCAGAAGACUUCCACACUGCCAGUAGAAUUAAAUUGCAUUUGGCUUCAUUUUUUUCCCUAAGAGAAUUGACUAGUCCUUCUCAUCUAAAAAUGUUGCAAUUUAGACCAGCUUGCUUUUGUAAAAUGUACUAAUGCCAGAAUAUUUCAGUCAGUAGGAAGAAAUUCAACUAUGUGUUCUGAAGUAAGCUUCCAUGUUUAGUAUUUAAAGGAGAACAAACAAUUUUAAACAGCUUUUUUAACUGGCUUGAUUUCCUUGCAGCAUGGAUAAUGAACAAAGUGUAGCAAAAGGGGGUUGCCUGGAUGCAAGAUUCCCCCUUCCAAAUGGGUACUAAAUUAGAACAUAUAUCAAGGUAUAGAGGAAUUCAUUGGAGAUAGUGGUUUUUGGUGUUAAACAUCACAACCUCUUUUUGCCUCCUAAAAUUGCAUUUGGAAAACUGAAUUAAAGAAGCAGAUGCAGUAUUUCAUUGCAAAGAACCAUCUCUGUACUCUGCUACAGCUUGAGUUUUUACAGAAGUACCUCAGUCAAUGCUGUGGGGAUAUAGGGCUAGUCCUGGAACCUAUUUGUGUACCAAAAUCAUUAUGAUUCUGUAUGUGUUUUUUAAGUUUCAUUGCUAAAUGCAAUCAAGGGCUUUCUUUAAAUUGGCAUCAUUUAGGUAUACCAUUAAUGGGACAUUAUUUUCACAAUACUUUUUGCCUGCAAUAAAUUUGUGCAGUAAAUGGUUAUAAAAUGCCAUUCCCUUUUAAGAUUAGUAAUUUGUAUGUUAGGGAUGUAGUAUUUGGGUAGUAUAUUCACGAGGCUUUUUAAUUGUGAAAUUUAAAUAAUCUCCUUUGCUUUAUUUUGAGGUUAUACUGGGGUGAUCAGUUUUUAAGUCAGAUUUGGCAGCUACUCUUGUGUAGCACACAUGCUGAUUUUAACGCUGCUCUCCCAUCCUUUCCUGGAAUAGGAGGCUUCUGCACCUCACACCCAAGUAGAGGUCAGGGCCUAGAUUCCUUUUUUUUUUUUUUUUUUGCAGUAAGUACUCUUUGUAAUUUUUUUACUUUAGGUUUUAUAAAGUUUACUUUCCAUGAAUCACCAUACUACAUGACUCCCCAAUCCAAAAGCCUUUAGCACAACAAAAAAGAAAGUUACUUUAAAUCUUAAUCUUGAGCGCUUGUUGCAGUUUAGAAACUUAUGUAUAGAAGAGAGAGAACCUUUCCCCAACCAUUUGAAUCUGUACUGCUUAUGAUGAGUCUGCUUAACUAUUCUGUUGGUGAAAUCAGUUCACAAAGUGCUCCACACACUAGUGAUCAUUUGAUGUGGACAAUAGUCCAGUUUCGCAAAUUUCAAGUAAAAAAAUCUCUUGCCAUGUACAACAAUUGUGAAUUUUGUAACAAAGCUGUGCUAGGGACAUGAAAUGAAAACAAAUUAAAGCAGCCCUGCUUUCAGUCCCUUAGCAUACAUAUCCUGAACCCUUCUGCUCAUGCAGCACUUUGUGAAUGGUAAGGACAAAAUUAUAAUUUAUUUUCUUCCUAUUUCACAUUUUAAAUGCUUCCUCUUACUUUCUGGACACCAUAGUAGUUGCAGUCUUUAGGUGAUCUCACUUGAGCACUUUCUUCUAAGUUGUGUUAUGGGAUUCAUCUGUAAGGGAGGAAUAGUACUUGUUGCAAAAGAUACUGCACCUUCCAGAAUUCUAAUCUGGGUGGGAGGGAGAGGAGAGGGCAUUUUACUGGAGGUGGUUCUAUGCUUCCAGUAGACUCACUAGGGAAGUAACCAAAAGCACAGUGAUGAGGGGGUGUAUAUAGCUUGGUAUAUUGUUGCAAAUAAUAAAAAGCAUGAAUAUGAAACUGAAAGUUUGUACUUCAAGUGGGAUUAUAGGCAGCAGGGGAUGUUGUGGAUCUUCUGCUGCUUGUUCCACUCCCUAUUUAGAAUUCCUGUGGGGAGGGUGUAUGUGUGCAGGUGUGUGUGUGUUGUAAAAUCUCAAAUUCAUAGUAUUGAGUUGUGUUGGAGUUACCCAAAACACUUUAAAGGGGAACCUAAUGCAGUAGAGACAAGGCUCAUAUCAAGCUGCUGACAACUAAAUGCAGCCAAUAUACUUACUAAUUUAGAACUACAUUUUAAACACAGCAAUAACAGAAAGCAAAAGUUCUGGAUUUCAAGUCAAAUGUUAUGUGUUUAAACAACACUUUGAGUAUAGUUUAGGAGACAUUCCCAAAAUUGGUAACAUACAAUGUAGCCCUAUACAGAAUUACCUACGUCUCAACCCAUUAGAUUGUAUACGUCUGUAUAGGAUUGCACUGAUAGUAUCCCAGGUGUGUCUCUGAAAAAAGAAGGGGUGUUUUGUGGAACUACUGUUUGCCCAAGAGACUAGUAGAUGUAAUCAGCAAGUGUUAGCAGUAACCAAAUAAGAAGCUAACAAAGCUUCCAUUAAAACUGGCUAUAUAAAUGUUUAAUUAAAAACUUAGGUUGAGGCUACACAAAAAAUCUUAAGUACUCUGAAAGCUUAUGAAGUAAGAAUAAAAGGUGUGUUUGGUGUUGUGAUCGUGAUAAUGAGGGAUGGGGGAGGAGAGGAAGGGGAUUCACAAUAGCUGAAUUCCUGAAACUGAAAAGCCACUUAGAAUGCAACGCUUCUUCUAAUCUCUCUAAAAUUCAUGGUACAGCAUUUGCAUCCAAACAUUUCAUUGUCGGUUGGCUUCUCCACCAAGUCUUAAUUUCUGUGGUUAAAUCUGAAUUGGCAAGGCAAAUCAUUUGCUUGUUUCUGUAACAAGAACUUCCCACUGCUUGAGGCACUAUAUUGUAAAGCAGCUUUAACUUUGUCCUGGUUAAAAUGCAGGGAUCUUAGACGAUUCUCUUGUUACAUACAGAACAAAGUGUUUGUGAAAUCUGCUUGUAUGGAAACAUUAAGAUGAUAUUUAUAGACAACUACCCAGUAUUUAGUGGCUGCUUCUGAAAAACAGCAUUAAUUUUUUUUUUAAAGUUCUACUGUUUCUUCUGGUCAAUUGUGUCACUAUAUCAGCUUCCAGAUAGAUGUGAGGUUUAGCAUAGCCUUUUUCUUUGGGUAACCCAGGUAGAAAACAUCAACUUGUCCAAGCAGUAAACAAAUGCUUUUUCUAUCAUUGCAUGUUGAACAUAAAACCCACACAUCCAGAGCUUUGUGAGGGUGUUGAUGCAUAUACAUGGAGUUUCUCUGAAAGCAGCAUUUUCCAGCUGGCUUCAGUGAAGGGACAGCUUUUGUGUUUUCUGUUGCUCUCAAUAUAUGAGGCUUAUCCCCCCCCCCCGCCCCACCCCAUUUGAAGUGGAUGGAGAAAUGCAGGCAAGGAAACUCCAUGUUUGCAUUGAAACAUCUGUGAAGGAUUCUUGUGGUCAAGGUGUAAGUUUUCAUUAGAGUCAGGGAGAUACAAGGUCAAGGUUAUAAGAAAAAGAAGCCUGUUUUGCAUUAGUUUCUCAUAUGUUGGUCUUACUGUCUUUUUAGGCUAUUUGAAAGGGUUUUACAGCUAUCGAUAGAAAAUUAAGGUGGGAUAGUAUUCUCUAAGAGACAGGAGCAUCUGACCCUUUCUAAUGUGAUAGAAAAACAUUUGAGUAUCUUAGUGUCAGGAGCCAACUUAACAUAUCAAAGAAUUCUGAACAGUUUAACCUCUAAUUAUCCAACAUCAGUGUCUGUGUGACUUGUUUCCAAUCUGGUGUGACUUUUUGAGCACUUAGCAAGCAAACUGGGGAAGCUUCAUUUAGCUUGCUGCUGUACAGACUUGUUUUUAGUAGAACGGAUUUGUUAGUGGGAUUUUAUUGUAGUGCUAUUAUUGGCUGCCCUUGUGGGGUGAAAAGGGGGGAGUGCAUGCAACAGAGGUUCAAGAGGCCCCGGUAAUAGUGUUUGUUAUAAAAUAGGCACAGGUUUCCUUUUUUGAUAACUUUUUUUAAAGGAAAAAGAAACUGUCUUAACAGUUGUACUGGUACUUUUUUCCAAGUUUAGGUCAAUGUUGUCUUCCAGAACAAGUUUAAAGCAUCACAUCCACAUUGAACUAUUGCAUCAACACUUACAAGUGGCAAUUCCAUUCUGAGCCAAUUGUGUAAAAUUUGUUUUUAUUUUUAUGCAAUCCAAUGAGUAGAUGAGCUCAGAGUUAAAUUCUUAAAAGCACGUUUAUGUAACAGGAAUUGUUAUGUAUUAAUACUUCAGUUUUCAAUAAAGAUUGACUGUGUUGCUUAA